AUGAAUAACCCGGUCGACAUUCGACCUAGAGAACGUGAAAAUGAUGAGGAAAUACUCAGUAGUUCACCACCUGAUAAACCAAAGCUAAUGGAAGGAGGCAAUUAUAUAAAAGAAGGACGAGAUUCAGCUCGUAGUACGUGUUUAAUAUUUUCACCGAAUGAAGAAGACGAAGUCGGUGCUCUUGGGAAAUAUCUACAGAUAUUCAGUGAACAUAAAGUUAAUCUGCUGUAUAUUGAAUCACGUAGCUCUUUACGAAAAGUUAACGGGUAUGAAUUUGUGGUCGAGUGUGCACCUGGGGGAAAUCUUGGAGCUGCUAUCGAAGCUGUCAAGGAACAAUGCAGUUAUUUUUCCAUCAUAUCCAGGAAUCAUAAGAAUAAUAUGGACUCAGUGCCCUGGUUUCCGCGAAGAAUUCGCGAUCUCGAUAAAUUUGCCAAUCAAAUAUUGACUUAUGGGGCUGAAUUAGAUAGCGAUCAUCCGGGUUUUACGGACCCCGUUUACCGUGCAAGGAGAAAGUAUUUUGCAGACCUUGCUUAUAAUUACAAACACGGAGAACCUAUUCCACAAGUGGAGUACACAGAAGAGGAAAUCGCGACUUGGGGUGUUGUGUUUAACAAACUAACUGAAUUGUACCCAAAAUACGCGUGUCGCGAACACAAUCACGUAUUUCCAUUGUUGAUUGAAAAUUGCGGGUACCGAGCCGACAAUAUACCGCAGCUUGAAGACAUAUCUCGUUUCUUGAAAGAUUGCACCGGAUUUUCUUUACGACCAGUAGCUGGAUUAUUGUCCUCACGUGACUUUUUAGCCGGACUAGCAUUCAGAGUGUUCCAUAGUACUCAAUAUAUCAGACACAGCAGUAAACCAUUGUACACACCGGAGCCUGACGUCUGUCAUGAAGUUCUAGGUCACGUACCGAUGCUCGCUGAUCCGGCAUUUGCUCAAUUUUCUCAAGUUAUUGGAUUGGCAUCUCUCGGAGCUCCAGAUGAGUACAUUGAAAAACUUGCCACUUGCUUCUGGUUCACGGUUGAAUUUGGGCUAUGUCGACAACACGGAGAACUAAAAGCUUACGGGGCUGGUCUUCUCUCCUCUUUUGGCGAGCUCGAGUAUGCUCUCAGUGGGGAACCGGAGCUCCGAGCUUUUGAACCCGCUAAAACUGCACUACAGAAAUAUCCAAUAACCGAAUAUCAACCUGUUUAUUUUGUGGCUGAAGAUUUCGAGGAUGGCAAAGAAAAAAUGUUGAAAUUCGCGCAGACAAUUCCCAAAAAAUUCGGAGUACGAUACGACCCAUACACUCAGAGCAUCAACAUCAUUGACAGCAAAUAUCAGAUUGAAGAGCUGAUCAUCAACGUCAAUCAAGAAAUAGAAAUUCUGAUGGACGCGUUUAAAAAAUUGAAAAAUUGA